AUGAUGGAUUCUGUUGUAGUUUCCUGUAAAGACUAUACCUCCUGGCAGGGGAUCCUGCUCACAGUUUCCCUUUUAACCUGCUGGCUGCUUCCCACUACUACUCAGCUCAUCAUUGAAUCAGUGCCUCUCAUUGUUGUUGAAGGGGAAAAUGUUCUUUUGUUAGUGCAUAAUUUGCCAAAGAAGGUUAAAUCCUUUUCCUGGUACAUAAGAGAUAAACUGCUCAAGAGUUUUGAAAUUGUAAGACAUAUGAUAGCUACCAAUUCUAGUGUGGUGGGACUUGCACACAGUGGUAGAGAGACAGUACUCAACAAUGGAUCUCUGCUGAUUAAAAGUGUCACCAGAAAAGACUCAGGAUACUACACCCUGGAAAUACUUGAUUCAGCCUCAAGACUUGAAAUAAUACAUGCAGAAUUCUUUGUACACAGCCCACUUUUAGGCUACAAGAAACAUCUUGCCCCUUCUCAACUCAAAAUUGAGUUGUUGCCAUUUAGAGUUGAAGAAAACGACAAUAUUCUUCUGCUGGUUUUUAAUAUGCCGAAGAAGCCUCAUGGCUUUGCCUGGCACAAAGGAGUACUUCCACUUGAACAUUUCAAGCUAGCAAGCCAUUCAUUCCUAACCAAUUCAACCAUGCUGGGGCAUACAUAUUACAAAAGAGUAAUAGUAUGCAAUGAUGGAGCCCUGGUGCUCUUGAAUGUCACACAGAAAGACACUGGGCUUUACACCCUACGAACCAUAUCGGUGAAUUUGAAGAUAGAAUGGGUUAUUUUGGGCCUCCAAGAACACAAACCUGGAAGUCAGGAUUCACACAAUCAAAGACCAACAAGUAAACCGUGGACCUCCUCAAAGAGUCGAAGACGAAGGGCAGAUAUGUGCUUUUCUUCUUCUGUUACUAUCUAUUCCAAAUAA